AUGAAGUUCCGACACGGAGCAGCAGCCGCUGCCAUGGCCGCCUCUGGGGCUUACGCACAAGCUCCCCCGGCAUACACCGGUCCCGCAACUUCAAGCGCUUCAUCCACGGGUGCAAGCAUCAGCGCUGCGCCCGCAGCAUCCGAUCUUCCCGUCUCCUACACGACUGUAACCUACGACUACUGCGAGUCCUCCUCCCUCGAGACAAUGAUCACAGUCACCAACGGCAUCACCGUAACCUACUGUCCCGAAUGCGAAGCCUCCGCCUCCGCAACCCCAACUUCCAAACUCCCAGGCCACGUCACAACCUACACCACCACCUACCUUUCUUUGUGUCCCACAGGAACCGUGCCAGUAACAUACACCGUGACGGAGAGCUGCGAUGAGCCCGAACCCACCUGGACGCCUGGCCCAUCGCACAUUCCCCAAGGCUACACGGUAACAGUCAAGGACUGCACCGUCUGCCAUUCCGAUUUGGACAAGACCUCCACCAUCCCCGUAACCAUCACCGAGCCAUGUGAUUGCGACGCCAACGAGGGAACAACCGUCAUCCCUACCAAGAAGCCCGCUCCAGCAACCACCACCACCCCGGCGACAGGAGGCAACMCCGUCCAACAAAUCUCCGACGGACAAAUCCAAAACCCCACAGGAAAACCCGUCCAGCAGAUCUCAGAUGGACAAAUCCAGAACCCCACGGGCGCUGCACCUUCCAAAGCCCCCACCACCGGCAACCCAGCUCCCACUGGUUCUGCAGGUGGAAGCGCGCCUCCCGCAUACAGCACCACCCCAGCGGGACCAGGUCGUCCCGCCGAAUCUUCCGGAAAGGAUAUUCCCGGUGUCGACUAUGGCAACACCACCAAUGUGACMCCCGCUCCAUAUGAAGGUGCUGCCGCUUCGAGCACGACUGCUGGUGUUGCGAUGAUUAUGAUGGUUGCCGUGUUUGUCGGAGGAUUUGCUUUUGCUUUAUAG